AAUUCAGAAAAUAGUAAGCAAUAUUAAUUGUGAUAGUGUACUAAUUUAACGAGCGUAAUUUAUUGGUGUUAGAUAUUUCAAUUGAAGUUUUAGUUUAUUUUAGUGAUUUUGAAUUCAUUCAAUGUAGAUAAACUGGAGAGGCGCAAAAAUUCGAAAAAUGGGAGGUUAUUUCAGUACGUUGGGCUUUUCCGAGCAGCACAAACAAAUUUGUUAUGACAGUUUAAGCACUCAAAAUUCCUUUACCCCCGACGAAACAUCAAUCGAUAAAAUUCAAGCCGAACAUAAAGAAGAACGCAGUUUGAAUCAACUUAGCCAUGAGAACAGAGAAAAAUUGAACGAGUUUAAGUUGGAGAUUGCGAGGAAACACGAAAAACGAAGACAAAUUCUUGCGGAGAAACGAAAAGAAAUGGACGCCCUCAGACAGGAAGUGUUGCUGUUGAGGGAAGAAAACGAGAAACUGAAAAACGAACGUGGCGAAUGCAAACCUGAGAAUGAUGGGAACAUCGAAAUUCAACGACUUCAAAGGGAAAACGAGGAAUUAAAGAUGACAAUUGAAGAGAACAACAAAAGGUUGGAGACCAUUGGUUGUUUGACACAAAGGAACAACGAAAUGAGGAUGCAAAUUGCCGAAAUGCAAAAAGAACUUCAGGAACUAAAUACGGAAGCACUGAAUUUCGAACAGGAACGGGAAGACUACAAAACACAUGUUGUGGCUUUAAAAGAUGUAAUACACGUUUCCAAACAUAUGUUGCAGAUACGUGAGGCGCAAUUAAAAGAGCUUAAAGAAAAAGUGGAAAGCAUAGAAAAAACAUUGGCUGGAAGAGAAAUGAAACUACUCUCUCAAGAUCUAAGAGAAGAAUAUGAAAGGCAAUUACAAAAUAUAAGGAACCUUAGACAAUUGUACGAAGAAAGACAUCGAGUGAACAAAUUGGAAAAGGACGAAUUGAUGGCUAAAUUGGAAGAAUGUAAAAAAGAUCUGGAAGAAGAACAAACUAAACAUGAAGAAUCACGGAAACGAAUAGAGGAGCUGGAAAAUGCCAAUUCAAAUAAAUACGACGAAAUAAAAUCAUUAGAAAGCAAUUUAGGUUUAAGUAAGGCCGAGUGUCGUGAAUAUCAAGCCGAACUUGCUGUGAUUAAUCAACUGUUUUCGGAAAUACUCCUUGGAUUUAAUAACACACAGGAUAUUGAUUUGGACAAGCUCAAAACGAUUCUUGAAGAAAAUCAUGGAUUGCUACAAAAUAUUGUCGUAAAUGAAAUAUCCAAAGAAGUUUCGUCCGCUUUGCCGAAAGUGCUUUUGGAUUUGGUAACUCAAGUCAAUGAGAAGCAAUCAACUGACAAUGAUGAAGCUGCCCUUGUCACAUAUAAUGAAAUCGAAAGUAAAAAGCCUAAUGAAUUAGAAACAAAUAUAAGUUCGAUUCAUCAGUUGAAUAGUGUCGAUGAAAUAGCUGAAAAUUUACCAAAAGUCUGGAGAGUUCUCAUCGAAUUGUUGAGCCAUCAACAAACACCAACAAAUGAAAUUUCAGAAGAUCCUAAUAAUACAAAUAAUCCUUGUUAUAAGGUUGUUGAAACUUCCAAAGGUCCAAAUUUAGUAGCAAGCGUCAGCAAAACUUUCAUAAGAUUAAAGGAUUUAAUUUUGGAAAAGAAAUCUCUUGAAAAAGAAACAAAUAAACUAAAACAAUUGAACACACAUCUUGAAAGUAGAUUACAAGACCAAGAGAAGAGAUUGGAAACAGUCACUAACGAAUUAACUAAAACAUGGCAUGUGGUUGGCAAACUACAAAAACAACAUCAAUUGCUUCAUACUCAAGAAAAAAUCCUAAAAUAUGAAUUGGCCCAGAAAAGGAAAUUAUUAGUCGAAUUAAGGGAGCAGUUGGAAUACAGUAGGGAAAAGUGGUUGCAAGCAAGGGAAAAGAAUUCAUCAACCGAACAGGAAUGGAAAAAACUGAGAAAAGAAUUUGCAUCAAGACGUAACACAUUAAGCUUUGAAAAUAAUAGCUGCGACAGCGGUUGCAGUGAUGAUCGAGAGUCCUCGUCCAGUGAUGAGGAGCAAGACGAAAUAGAUUUAUCUGAAAAUAUUCAGAAUCCAAUUGAAACGAACGCCUUGGACUCAACUGAGGCAGCCGAAUCGGUAAAAGAAGUAAAAACUAAUGAAAAUAAUUUAGAUUUUAGCCUAUGUUCUAAUAGUACUAAUGAAGUAGUUAAAACUGAAUUAAAGACUGAUUUAGUACCAAAGACAAACAUUGAAAAGACAGAUAGUGCAGUGCCGAAUAAAAAUUAUUUGGACAUCGACUCUAGUCCAAUAUUAAAUAAUGUUGAAACCACUGAUGCUGUACCUAGUACUUCAACCCCACUAAGUGAUGUUCCUAGUACUUCAGAUACGCCGGUUGUUCCUAAACGGACAUUGGAAGAAGUUUUAGCAGCUCGUGAUGAAAGACUGAAAAGACUUGAAUCUGAAGCCACUAAACUUGUAAACAAGGUUACCACCACCAAUGAGAGAAGUGUUGAUAUAAGUAAUAAAUUAGAUGAAUUACAUGAAGUUUAUGGUGAUGCAUCUGUAAACAGCUCUAAUCAGACAUUGCCUCCCAUUACAGAGGACUCUCUUGUGUCAGGAAACAUUGGAUUGCAGCGUGAGAGCGACAACUUAUCCACUGCGGAAGAAUCAAAUGCGACCGAAAAAGGUCUAAUUUCCACAAGAAGAAACAGCAAUCAAGAAUAGUAACAUAUCAUUUAAUUUUAAAACAAACAACCAUGAAAAUAAAUAUUCAAGUAUGAGAUAUACAUUACUUUAUUUUUAAGGAAAUACAAAUUAGUUAUUUAUGAAUGUUUAUAUACAAAUAUUUUUUCGAAAUAUAAUGUAUAGUAUUUAAAAAUUUUAUUUUCAAAUACUAAAAUCUGAUUGUUAGAAAUUUAAACAUGGUUAUAGUAAUUAUUUAUUUGUACAAAAUAGCAAAAUUAAAUUGUAGAAAGUUUCUUUAUACCCAUAUGUAACCCCAAAUAUAUGUUUAAAUAUUUUUAUAUUUAUCUAAAUGUGUACCUACAUAUUAUUAAGAAUAUUUAUAUGACUUUUGUAAGAUAUAUAUUAUUAUUAAAUUAUUUAAAUAUUA